AUGCCACACGCGACAAGCGAAACCGAUGCCCCUGGGGACAACGCACGUCGAAUUGUCUUGUGUUUCGAUGGCACAGGCAAUCAGUUCCAAGGAAAUGAAUCAGACACAAAUAUCAUGAAGAUUUAUCAAAUGCUGGAUCGACACGCUCCAAAUCAAUUUCACUAUUAUCAACCGGGUAUCGGGACCUACGUCAAAGGCCAGUCCUCCAGCUCUGGACUGGUUCGAUUCUGGCCCAAAAUCAAAUCCAAGAUUAUCAGUGCUGUUGAUCAAGCAGUUGGCUCAUCGUUUAGCGAUCAUGUCCUUGCCGGCUAUCGUUUUCUCAUGCGUUACUAUUCUGAAGGUGACCAUAUCUACAUCUUUGGAUUCUCUCGUGGUGCCUACACUGCACGAUUCCUCGCGGAGAUGGUCCAUGAAUUGGGCCUUCUGUCCAGGGGAAAUGAGGAAAUGGUUCACUUUGCCUGGGAGACGUUCAGUAACUAUGAACAAUCCCGCGGCAAUGUUCCUCAGACCGAAAAGGAUCGGGAACUGAACGAGUUCAUGAAGAAAUUCAAGACAACCUUUUGCCGACUGGGCGUGGGUGUACACUUCCUUGGCUUGUUCGACUGUGUCAAUAGUGUGGGUCAGUUUGAGAUCCCCUUUUUCCGCACCUCAUAUCGAUACAUCGCGACUCCCGCCGCAAAAUACAUUCGACACGCGGUGUCUAUUCAUGAGAGACGGUUGAAGUUCAAGCCCGCUCUCUACAUGAUGGAUAAGAAUGGGCCCGAUUCCAACUUCAAGGAAGUAUGGUUUGCGGGAAACCACUGCGACGUGGGCGGUGGCUACAAUCUUCAGAAAGGCCAGAAACAUUUGCUUUCCGAUACGCCAUUGAAUUGGAUGGUCCAGGAAGUUUUGCACCUGGAGGGCUCGGAAAGUAAGCUGGAAUUUCAAACGACUAAUGUCGAAGAUGUCCUGAGAGCUGAAAGUGUCUUUCCUGGGAAGGAGGAGCCAGGGACUAAUGCAUGGGAAGUGAGGCGUCGCACCAAUCAGCCACAUGAUUGCCUCUGGCUCGGACAUGCAUCGGCUUUCUUGAUGGUUAUCUUCUGGUGGAUCCUAGAGAUCCUACCUAUCUUCACGCGGUUAGAGCUGGAGAAAGGAGAGUGGGUUCCUAGGAGGUUCCCUCCCAAUUUGGGAGCCCCGCGGGAUAUUCCAGUAGAGGCCAAGAUCCAUUCGAGUGUGAACGAGAUGGUCAAAGCGGGGAUUCUAGACAAAGAGUCCAUUCCCAAGAAGGGUGGCGACAACCCCAAUCUGCCCAACCCCGCAAGUGUCGUGUCGACUUUGAAGAGGGCCAGGAAAAGUCUGGCGCGCCCAAAAGCAUCUCCCGAGGAUCCCGUGGCUGAGAGCCCUGGCAACGAUGAGCGCAGGAUGCACGAGAAUGGAUCGGCGAAGGGGAUCAAUGGAGUGCAUAAGCGAAAGGGGGUCAAUGGUGUGAACAGUGUGAACGGUGUGAAUGGGAGAGGGAUGAAUGGGACUGUGGAGAGCUGA